GCAGGAAAGCGGCGCGGCCCGUGACCAAACGGUGCGCCCCUGGCGUUUGAGUGUGUUGGAUGGUCGAGUUCGCCAAUGAGAUACUGCGGAGACCGGGCGAAAAGUGGAGUGAGUCUGGAUUGGGAUGGCGUGAGCCUCUGGAUCCGGUUUAGAAGCAUUUGCAGUUAAACGGAAGAAACAGCUGCGGGCCCCUGACGGUAACAGACCCCGUGUUGACCGCCGCCAUCUUUACUGGGGAACUCAUUUUGCAGGAUAUUAAUUUGCUGAGCGGGAUCUUAAAACAAGUUCUGACAAGUCACCAGGAUGUGAAUAUCAUUGUCAUUUAACUGUGAAAGGAUUUUGAACAGUAAAAGAAAAAGUACCAUUCACAUUGAGGAGAAACACGCGGAGGAGUGAAUGAAGGUUCGUCGGUAAUGUCCAAACGCCAGCGCAGUCACACUGGGGAGAGACUGUGGAAAUGUGGGGAUUGUGGGAAGGGAUUUCUUUACCCAUCCCAGCUGGAAAUGCACCAACGCAGUCACACUGGGGAGAAGCCAUUCACCUGCUCCGAUUGUGGGGUGGGAUUCACUCAGUCAUCCAGCCUGCGGAUCCACCAGCGAGUUCACACUGGGGAGAGACCAUUCACUUGCUCCCACUGUGGGAUGGGUUUCAGUCAGUCAUCUAGCCUGCGGAUACACCAACGCAGUCACACUGGGGAGAAACCAUUCACUUGUUCCAAUUGUGGAAAGGGAUUCGCUUCUUCGUCCAGCCUGCGGAAACACAGACGCGUUUGCACUGGAGAGAGACCAUUCACCUGUUCUGAAUGUGGGAAAGCAUUCACUCGCUCGUCCAUAUUGCUAGAACAUCAACAUGUUCACUCUGUAGAGAGACCGUUUGCUUGCUCUGAUUGUGGGAAAGCAUUCGCUCUGUCGUCCAAACUGCUGAUACACCAACGAGCUCACAGUAGACAGAGACUAUUCACCUGCUCUGAAUGUGGGAAUGGAUUCACUCAUUCAACUAAACUACCAGAGAACCACACAGUUGAUACUAGAGAGAAACUAUUCACCUGCUCCACUUGUGGGAUGGAAUUUGCUCCAUCAUCCAGUCCGCGGAUACAUCAGCUCGUUCACACUGGAGAGAGAUCGUUCACUUGCUCUGUGUGUGGAAAAGGAUUCACUCGGUCAUCCCACAUGCUGAGACAUCAGCAGGUUCACACGGGGGAGAGAGUAUUCAGCUGCUCAGUGUGUGGGAAAAGAUUUACUCAGUCAUCCCACCUGCUGGUACACCAGCGAGUUCACACUGAAGAGAAACCGUUCAACUGCUCCUGGUGUGGGAAGCGAUUCACUCAGUCAUCCACCUUGCAGAUACACCAGCGAGUUCACACUGGGGAGAGACCAUUCACCUGCUCCCUGUGUGGGAAACGAUUUACUCAGUCAUCCAACCUGCUGAAACACCAGCGAGUUCACACUGGGGAGAGACCAUUCCUCUGUGGAAAAGGAUUCAUUUGUUCAUCGGAACUACUGGAACACCAGAGAGUUCAUACUGGAAAGAAGCCAUUCAUCUGUUCCAGUUGUGGAAAGGGAUUUACCAAAUCGUCCAACCUGCGGAGACAUGAGCAAGUUCACACUGGGGAGAAACAGUCACUCAGUUAACUCACCUGCUGACACACCAGUGUGUUUGCUCCACAGAGAGACGAGUUCAUUUGUUUUGCAGGCAGAAAGGGAUUCACUCUGUUAUCCAAGACUGUUAAUACACCAGUGACUUGGCAGUGGGUGGAUCCCAUUCACAUGCUCGGCUUGUGUAAAAGGAUUCACUUGUGGGAUGGAAUUCACUCUGUUAUCCAGUCUGCAGAUAGACCAGCCAGUUCACACUGGAGAGAGAACAUUCACUUGCUCUAUAUGUCGAAAGGGAUUCACACAGAGCAGUUUUUCCCGCAUGUGAAAGGGCUUGCUAUUUGCUAACAGACCAGCAAAUUCACAAAGAAACCACAGGUGAAGGACUUUUACUCACACCAUAGAAUGAACCUUAUUCCUUGGGCUGUUUUGUUAAAGGUGCUGAUAUGGUAUAUAAAAUGCUGAUACAAUUGUGUAUCUGUCGGAUAGAUUUUGAAAAUGUUAACAAUGUUGCUGUACAUGACAUGAAGACUGUCCACCUGCAUAAUGUUUGUAAAGUGAGUUUCUGGUUGAUCACGACUAGUUAAACAACAGUGAAUUCCCUCGGUGUUGGUGUGACGAUGCGGCUCCUUCAACAUGGUUAUGGUGUCCUUGGCUUUUUUUUCCCCCAGAGAGAUUGUAAAAGACUGGAAAGUCUAACUUUGAAGGGUUUAUGUUAGCUUUAAUCUAACAGCUAUUGCCUCAGGCAAAAGGCUUUAAAAUUUUUCUUUAAAAAGAAACCACUUAUACAAUGAAAAUGGAGUGACUACUUCCCUCAGCUCAGCUUUUCUCUGGAUUUGAUUUUUGUUUUAGCAGUCUGGCUAUUCAGUGAAGACAGGCAGUUUUUGAAGCCGCUGGAUCCAAAGAGUCAGGUCCAUGCUGGUAGUCUCUCUCUGACAUCUCUCCUGUAAGACCCUGUGUUUGAUAUUAGCUUUUGUGCCCAGGGGUGUUUAUGGAGAUUGUUGCAAGUAUAGGGAACAGCCAUCAUUAAGUUGGUGUAGUCUGUUGGGUUUUUGGAUAGGUUAAAUUAUUCGAUAUUCUGUUCUCUUUUGUUUGUGUUUCA